AUGAUGUGUUACCGGUCUCUACAAAAAGUUUUCACAUUCAUUUUCUUCCACUGGUUUCUGUUUAAUACCGAAGCUUCCCCCCUCCGUGCUUUAUAUAUAUAUAUAUAUAUAGAUAUUUAUUCAACCGCACGUGACGCUGACGUUCACCUCAUAGUACAUAGUUUAGAUCUGAUCAUUAUGGCAGGGCGGCUCUUCACUGCUGUCCCUCGUCACACAGCAGAUCCCACUAACAGUGAUUGGCUGCAAGCUUGCUAUUUCGUUGUUCUUGAGCACCCCCUCGUUUGCAUUGAUGCUACAUUACGAGGUAGAAUCACUCCAUUAACAGAGCAAUUUCUGCGGAGCGCGGAGGGGGUGUCGGAACCCUCCGACGAUGCCACCAAUCUAAAAGAAGAGCACGUCAAUGGAACAGGUGGAAGCAGUGUAAAGGAAAUGCGAUUUGUAGUUAUAACGGUAGAUAACGUAUCGGGGCAACUCCUCCACACAGGCGUUCCGGGAAAGGACUUGUUUAUGUCGAUGCGGGAGGCGGUUAGUGCGAUUCCUGCACUUUGUCCGAGCACGCCGGAACAGUAUGAGGUGUUUACUAUCCUUGAAUUUGUUGCUUUUGCGGGGGCGUGUUUGACAGAGGAUAGGUUAUACAUGCUGUUCGUUGAAACCGGACGUUUGCUAACUGAUGAUAAGUCGUGCAUUGUUACAGAUUCGGGAAGCAAACCGCAACGAGUUUUGCCCGUUAUUUCUGUCGAGAGAGCACGAUGGUACACUGUUCCUCUAAGGGUGGCAGUUCCCGCACUUCAGCAACCGCUGGGAGGCGAGGAUUUGCAAUCGUGGGUAUUGGGGCCUUCUGGAGGUCUAAGAGAUGACUCUGCGAUGGCCAUGUCGUCUUCAUUCAGGCAGUCAUACUUAUUCUUUACCCCGGGUAUUGAUGUUUCACACUGUAGCAUAUUUGAAGAGGCAACGCGUGUUUGUGGUGCCUGUAGCGAUGAAGAAAAUGGUGACGUUGGUAAUAGUUCUCCGAACGUUUGCCCGGGGGGUCUGGAUGGCUCGACUGACAGUUCUGCUUUAGCCGCCAGGGUUAUGAGUUUCCUUCCAUUGCCACCUCCCAGUACGGGUCGGGAGGCGCUUGGGCGCUGCGAUUGCCUGUGGAACGAGGAACUGAUCGCCUUCUGCGAUAUCUUUGGGCUCGCCGAUUGUUGCUGCCGCCUAGCUCUUGGAUCUUUUAACGCCUCCACAUUAGUGGUUCCGCAAACAGCUCCACAUGUGGCUCUCCUUCUUGUGCGGUUGAGCAGACUUGCGCUACCUGGUUGCUUCAAUGAUUGUUCUGGUAAAUCCGCUAAAACUGCUUUCCAAAUGCGGGAGUACACUUCAGCACAUGAAGCAGAGUUUCAGUUGCUGUUACUACCAGAUAUGAAGUUGCAUGACUCCAAAGUUGAUGAUAAUCUUGUUAAUUCUCUUCCCUCAUUGAUAUGGCGACGUGGUGGUGACUUUGCUGGUCACGAGGAUAUUAUUCAACAAAAACAACGCAUUGAUUUCUGUACGGCGAGGGGAAUGGAUCCUCUCCCCAUAGGGGAAGACUAUGUUGCCGCCAUUUUCUCCAGUUAUCAGCAACGCUACGGGAUGGGGACGAAAAUUGCCCUAAUGCAUGCAGGGUGUUGGGCAUUGAUAGGGUCGGCCCCUCCACACAAUACAACCAAGGGUGGUGCUGCCGUAAAUACAAGCGUGAACGGCUCGCGUGAGUCAUCGAAACGACGGACCGACAGUCAAAGGGGGUUAACACCAGCAUCAUGCUAUAGCGUUUACGCGUCCGAAACACAUCACUGUGAUGCGAUAACCAACGAGUUGCAAGGAAGAUUACAGUCACUAGCUUCGCACAUCAAAUCCCAUAGCCUUCGUCCUGCCGUUUUCGUUGGCGCGAUCAAUUCGUGGGCUACUUGUCUUCAUUGUGUGCCUGAAAAAGGUAGUGCUGUUGAUGCUCUGUGGAGCAGAGAGUGUAUUCGUAGUUACAAUGGUAUUUCCUGUGGAGGGACGACAGCGGGGUCUUCGGGAGUACCGGGACCCAUUAUACCACGUAUUUGUGUGAGCAAUAGUGGUGAAGUUAGUGCAGCGGCAUCUGCCGUUGUUUCACUGAUCCUAGUUACUGUGUGGUUGUUCAAUCAGUUUUUUGAAAGUCAACCAAAUGCGAAAUUGCUUCAGAGACACAAAUUAUUGACAAGAAAAAUCAUGGAUUUAGUGGUCAAUUCAGCCGCUGGCUUGAAGCAAGUGGGGGAUUCGUGUGGCCACGAGGAAAUGAUUACUUUAUUACGCGAAUGUCUUUUUCAGGUUGUUGGCGCGGUACCUGUGUCGUGUACUCUUACUAUUUGGGAGACAGCGCGGAACAUGGUUUUUCUCUACCGCGCGAAUGGAGACCGUAGUUCUCCCAGCGAUUUUACUAGCACAAAGAAGGGAAUAUUUCGUCCUUCAGUUGUUUCGCGUAGAGUAAUACUAAACAAUCCCUUUCACUCGUUUAUCAUGAACUUAUUUCCUCCUGCCGGUGGGUUCUAUCAGCGUGAAUUCGCCAGACACCGGACGCGCCUCUUGACACACGUGGCAGGACAAUCCUACAUUAUCGGUGCCCAGUUCAUGUUUCACACAGCUGAGUCAGACACUUCCUCUAGAGUAGUCAGUGAAGCGAACGCGGACUGGGGUGGAAAUGAGCGCACUACUUUUGCUUCAAGGCAGCGAUACUUGUCUAAUCCGCCACUAUCUGAUGAUGAUGAAGCAACUAGCAGUUACUCUACAAAUACUGGCGGAGUACCUACGCCAACCUUACGUAUGCUUCAAGGUCUUGUUCAUCCUUUAUCGCAACCUCUACUAGUACCGUUGCGUAUUGCAGCUGUGGAACUCACCAUCGCAUUACCGACGGUAUCAUACAUUACGCAUGUGGCGAUUCGAGUCGCAGAUGCUUUGCAGCGGGAACCUUUUGCAGGGGCGUUGACACUAUCCCUGCAUUCCUCCUGUUAUGUUGGACAGGAGCACGAACGCCUCGUCUUGGACGAUGUUCCACUCCCGUUGUGCAGGGGUAGUAAUGCCUCAGCGCACGCAGGACCUCAUCUGAUUUUCUAUGAACUACCUCGUCCGAGCUGUGAAUCAGUGCCCUUCUCCGUGCUGAAUGAGGCUCGCGUAGUUGCGGAUGGAGCUACGAGUACGUUCAGUCCCAUUGUACCUGUUGUAGCACGGUUUUUGCGUUACACCCUUCGCGGGUCGGGCAGAAAUGCUCUAGCGGUGUUCCCGCUCUUAGUUUUUGGUGAGCCCUUGUGCGACAUUCCUCCGCUGGAGCGGAAGACAAUUGUUGGUCGGAGUUGUUUGAAGCAGUGUUCGCUCCUCCGGGAGUUAUCCACAGCAAAACUACACACAGAUUCGAAUGAGUCAUCUCUGUUUCAGAUGCCAUUAGAUGGUGCGGCUGAGAAUUGUUCCUUUAGGAGUGAGGAAAGUAUUAACGGCAAAACCAACAUUGAUGAAACUACUAAUACAGUAGUCACUCCCAUCAAGGGGAAUAAGUCAUCUACCGCCUCGCACCAUGACAUCUUGAUAACGGAACAGACCCUUCGAGAGUUGUAUGUACGUAAACUUCGCAGUGCUUGUCCGCGAGGAGUUUUCGCACUGAACCUCCCGCUUUUAUUUCACAUGGAGUCGAAGCGCCUUCAGUGUAAACAAAAGCGUUUCUUCCGCGAUUUUUGCUUUCAAAAGCUGGGACUACCGCUAUGGGUAAUGAAACCCUCCUCUCAAAUAUUUCCACACUCUUCCGUGUGCCCGUCCCGUGUUCCCGAGUCAUUUGAAGAUCUUUCCCGUGUGCAUUUGCUGCAGCAAUCUGGAACGUGCCAACCACCGCGAAACGACCGACCCAUAAGGGGGGCCAAUGCGACACAAAGGAAGAAUGUAACUUGUGCAGGUUGUGACCAGCGUUUUCUGUUCGGGUUUGGUUUGGAAGUGUGCGACCGAUGCAAGCGGCAUAUAUGCGGUGAAUGUCGUUCAAAGGAACCUGUGCGCCUGUUAGAUGUUGGUAUUUCUUCCACUAUAUCCUCAGUAUGUCGCAGAUGUUUGGACCGUGUGGACAAAUUAGAGAAUGCUCUUGUUGCUUACAACGUGACUACGAAAGAGUGUGAGGAGGUGGACAGUGACACUGAACGGGGUGCUGCUUUCGAGUUUUACAUCCCUGUUACGCCACCGUCUCCAGCUGAGUUCCCAAUUCCGUACAGCAAUUACAGUUUUUACGCCUUACGUGGUUCAACCUACCAGUUGACGGCGCUGCCCUUCACUCGCGUCGUCAGCGCACCUAUUACGGAGGACAAAUCCGCGUCUCUUUUUGAGGAAGUGCUUAGUUUCCCUGCAGAUGUAAGUGACUCUCUCGGGGGAUGGCGUUGCGUUUCCAACGAUAUGCCAGGAGAAACACAAAAAUAUGUAAAUGAAAAUGUUGUUAUUCUACUUCCAUAUCGAUGCGUUGUUUCACACGGCCUUCUAUACUAUACACUGGCGGGGGAAAUACGGGGGAGCAUUGACUUACAAAUGCACGUGGGGGAAACAGUUCAAACAGUGUCUCUUCCAGACGCUGCUAAGUCUAGCGAAGGAACUGCGUGUGCACGUAUAUCAGACUGUAUGAGCGGCGAGAUUGGCGUAGCGGAACUACGAUUUAGGCACGCAGCAUCCGACGUGGAAAGUGCCUCUGAUGGUUCAAGUUAUUCACUAACGGUGCGAAAUCCCGUAGGUAUACUCGUUUCUCUUUUUUUUGCUGGAUCAUCUUCUGACCUUGCGCUACUGCAUGUGAAACAUUUCUCUGUUUGGGGUUGCUUCGACUCAUGUACGCGGAAUGUGCGUUCUCUUUUCUACAAUUGUCCACCUGAUGUAUGUCGUUACGAAAGUCUUAAGCUCACGAGUUUGAAGGGUGUUUGUGCCCCACCAGCCGCCGCAUGUCUUCCUUUAACAAUCCCCGAAAAGCAUCUUAUCAAACCUGGGAACAUUAUUCAUCGUCUACACACAGAUCACCUACUGGUGGAGUAUGUUUUUAGCAACCCUGUAAGUGUGUGUGGUUUUACGGUUGAGGGACAACACCCGGCGUCGGUAAGUAUCUCGCGUGGUGCUCUGCCCACCGCCUUACGUCUUAUUGGUGUAUUGGAGAAUGGUUUUCGUGGUAAUAUAGGAUACUUUUCGUUGCCGUGGCCACCACUGGCUCAGCGUGUGGGGAGGUGCGCUGAGCGGGAAGUGUUUGGUUAUUCAUAUGCUCUUUCAUCUACGGUCCACGGUCUCGUUUCACUUCUCGUUGAGGUGGCAGAGUGGCGUCUGGCUAAGGGUCGAGUUAGGCAAGAAGCGGGAAGGGGAGUGUUUUGCAACUUGAGUCCAUUCUAUGAUGAAUGUGAGAGCACUAACAAGGAGGCUGAGAUGUCUCCACAACAACCGGAGAUGCAUUUGGGGAAAAUGGUAUUUUGGACGAGCUUGAACCCUGAGGCACGGCACGCAGUGAGCAGUAAUGCGUAUAACUCUAUUUUCUCGCGUGCUAUCGGGUUGUAA